CAAAGGUUAUUGUGCCAUAAACACUCGUACUGGCCGUUUUUUUUAUUAUUCUCGCAAGGAUACGUCAGAUACGCCAUGGAUGAAAUGCGCAGCCGCACUUCAGUAAUGCAUCAACAUUCGCAUGAAAAUGCGAAUAUCCUGUGUGUAUGGUGUCCGUGCAGUAGCAAGUAACUGGGGAAAAAUGUACGUGCAAGCCCCAAACGCAGUGUAAACAGUGGGAACCAUUUGUCUGGAGCAAGUCAAUCGUUAGUGCUUUGUGAGUAAAUGGCCACGGCAAACACUCACCUCCUGCAAGCGUUUACAAUCAACGUCGAGCACCGUUUAUCCCAAACGAACCGGAACCAUCUUUGGCCCGUCGCGGACGAACGUCUCCGGACGGUGCUUGGUGCGGAAUGACCUAAGGCAAUAGGAGCAGGUCCACCCCUACAACGAUGGUGCAAUUUAUGGAGAGUGGCGGCGACAACCAACUCACGGACAUGAACGGCAUGAAUAUUGCUGAUCGUCUGCAAGCGCACAUGGAACUUACAACGUUUUUUGGAUUAGCAUUGGGAUUUGUAGCACUGAUCUUGGUUUUGUUCCUGUACGUCAAUAAGAUACGAUGCUUCGGAGCGGCACCACCGUUCAUUCCAUUUGAUGAGCAUCUGAUAUCGGAGAAAACGUUCCACCGUAUUCGAAAUCGUUUCGCGUACGACGGUAACAACAGCUCCGAUUCCGAGGACGAUACGUUGCGCCGAUUAAAGCUCGAACCGUGCGGUGACAGCUACACCAGCAGCAUCUCCUGCUACCAUGCCAACGAAAACGUGCUCGACCAUGGGCCACACUUUACCAGCUUUAAUAAAAUUUUGUCCGGCUGCAAACCGGUGCACUCGUCGCGGGAUCCACUCGCCAUGGCGGAGGGUGGCAAAAUUGGGAUGCCCCAUUCGAGCAACGACUGUAGCUCGGGCAGCUCGAACGAGAUGAACCUAGACUACGGCGGUACGCGCCUAUCGCUGGAUGCGCACGUCAGCAACGAUCGGCUAGCGGCGGGCAGCAGCUGUGGCGGUGGCAACUCGCCACUGGAAAGCUGCCUUACCGGUUCGAUGGAUUUGAAGCACAAGGGUGAACCGUUGCUACCGGCCGAGCUGACGAAGGAGUGCGACGAGCGUGACCUAGCCUCCAGAAAGAAACCGACCAAACUGGCAACGAACAAUCGGUCCGAUGUGGCGGGAGGCGUGGGCAUCUGCUUCGACACGGACCUGCCAGGCGCCAACAUCGAUCGAACCAAUUUGAAAUGUAAACCGCACGGGGAAGAACCAGCACCGACCACGGCAGUGGUCGGGUUUGAGCAGGCAUCGCUCCCACAGCAAGACAGCCUGGACGAUGUGCUUAGUCUGAACAAUGAUUGUAUUUUAGUGUUUUCGCACGAGCCACUCUACGAUACCAGUGACCUGAAGUCACUGAAAUCCGAUGGCGAAACGGGCACCACGGCCGGGUUUGACGGUGGCCCUACCACAACGGCCGGCUCGAACGGUACGCUCGAGAUAUCGCUGCUGUACGACGCACCGAUGCGCAAAAUGACCGUGCACGUGCUGCAGGCCCGCGGUAUCGCGUCCCGGGGCGAUAAGGGCCAGCUGACGCACACGCAGGUCCGGCUGCUAAUGCUGCCGGCCAAGCGCCAGAAGCACAAAACCAAAAUCCGCUCCGGGGAGAAUCCACAGUUUAUGGAGAGCUUCCUGCUGCACCGCGUCAACCCGGAGGAGGUCAACUCGAUGGGUUUGCGCAUCCGGGUGUACGGGUGCGAGCGGAUGCGCCGCGAACGUUUGAUCGGCGAAACGAUUGUCAGCUUUGCCAACAUCGAUCUGGAGCUGGAGACGAACUUGUGGCUCCCGCUCGAAUCGCGCACAUCGAACUCGGACACAGCUUCCACGAGCGAUUUACUGAGCAUUGCAAGAUCGGACAGUGCAGGAUCGACCACUUCCAUGCAACAUGGUGGCGUGCCGGAGCUUUUGCUUGGCUUAGGGUACAAUGGAAUUACUGGGCGACUUACGGUGGAGAUUGUGAAAGGAAGCCAUUUUAGAAACCAUUCCCUGCCCAAAGUCCCCGACACGUACGUCAAGCUCUGUCUAGUGAGUAGCAUGGGCCAGGAGAUUGCACGCGCCAAAACCUCUACCCGGCGUGGCCAAUCGAAUCCACUGUUCAAGGAGACGUUCAUAUUCCAGGUGGCAAUGUUCCAGCUGAACGACGUGACGCUCAUCGUGUCCGUGUACGCCAAACGCAACAUGAAGCGGAACGAGAUGGUCGGCUGGUUUAGCAUGGGCCUCAACUCGAGCGGCCCGGAGGAGAUGAUACACUGGAACGAGAUGCGCGAUUCGAGCAGCCGGUCCGAGCUGAUUACCCGCUGGCACGUGCUGGUCGAUUCCUGAUUUUAAACAUCUUCCCCCUUUUUUUUUGUUUGGAUGUGUGCGCCACACCGCCUCACGCGAACAACACUUUUGCCUAAAUCGCACACGGUGGCGUCGUGCCAACGGGAGAGGGGAGGGGGGGGGGGGGAAGAGAACGAACAAAAAUUGGUUUUUGAAUUUGUGAUACGCUUCAGCUCCAAACAAAAACACGAAGCGUACAAACAGACAGCAACAAGACGAGACACGAGCGGAAUGUGGAAGAACAUGAAGCAAAACAAACAAACAAAAAUUGGAAAAAAAAAUAUUGGAAAAGGCCUCCUAGCAAGCCUAUUUUAUCACACAAUUCUUUAACAAUUCAAUCCAAUUAUUGAUGUAACUUGUCAAACGAUCGGUAUUUUUACUUUCUCCGUCGGAAAACAAAGUUUGCAUGGUAUUUAUUAAAAUGGUAAUAAGCUAAACUCUA